CUGGAGGAGAGAGGAGAGGAGGGGUGAAGUGGAGUGGAGAGUGGCCCGCGUCAGGAUGUUGGCUGAAGUGGGGCCGGCUGUGGGGGCAGGAUUACACCUCUCUCUCUGUCCUGCUCCCUCCCCACCUCAAACUCCCCUUCAUCCCUCCAUCCAUCCAUCCCUCUCCACACUCAGCUCUCUCCUCCUGAGUGGAUUUUUUUCGGGGCUGUGCACAUAGCCCCCAUCCCCCCUCCUCUCAGACAGCUUUGCCCCACCAGUUCCUCACUUUGCCGGCCUGGAGAGGAGUAAGGGAGCGGAAAGAGGAGCAAGAAGAGAGGAUUUGGUGAACUGAGGAGAGACAGACAGGGGAGAGGGACCAUGGCUGCUCUCUCUGCCUUGCUGAAGACCUGGGUAAUUCUGCAGACCUUGUGCCUGGCUCUGGCCCAAGUGAGGGGUCCACCUGGACCUCAGGGCCCGGUCGGCCCACCAGGCCCUUCUGGCAUCCCCGGGUCAGACGGCAUUGAUGGAGAGAAAGGACCACCUGGCCCCCCUGGACCACCAGGACAAAAGGGAGAGCCGGGAGAGCCAGGUCUUGAUGGAGCACCAGGGGAGAACGGCAUUGAUGGUUUGAUUGGAGCAAAGGGUGAUCGAGGUCCUGUUGGGAGCCCUGGCCCUAAGGGUCAGCCUGGACCAAGUGGCGAGCCUGGCCCUCCUGGACCCGGCCUUCCAGGACUGUCUGGUGCUCCAGGGCCAAUUGGUCUUCCUGGUGAAAUUGGACCAAAUGGACAAAAGGGUAUCAUGGGACCACCCGGAGCUCCGGGACUUCCUGGGCCUCCUGGCAAGCCAGGUCCUCCAGGGAAGUUCAUUGGUGGAGAGGAGGGCAGUGCAGACUUCCAGUGUCCUCUUAACUGUCCAGCAGGACCUAAGGGCCCCCAGGGACUGCAGGGAAUCAAGGGACACAAAGGACGUGGCGGUGUUCUCGGAGAGCCUGGUAGCAUAGGAAAAUCGGGCCCCAGGGGAGAAGUGGGCAUAUCUGGAGAGCAGGGCAUCCCAGGACCUCCGGGUCCGAUGGGCCUGAGAGGUUAUCCAGGAAUGAUGGGUCCCAAAGGGGAGGCAGGGCCUCGUGGUUACAAAGGCAUCAACGGACCUGUAGGAAUUCCUGGGCCUCCUGGUGAGGAGGGACCUCAGGGACCACCUGGAGAGGCAGGAGACAAGGGAGACAAAGGCAGCCGAGGUAUCCAAGGCCCACAGGGUGCAGUGGGCAAAAAGGGAGAGAAUGGUCUGCCUGGUAUUGAUGGAAAAGAUGGCACACCUGGUAUUCCUGGAAUGAAGGGUGGCCCUGGCCAAGCUGGGAUGCCUGGUCCUCCUGGUCCUCAGGGAACAGCGGGAUUACCUGGCAGUCCUGGGGCAAAAGGUGGAUCUGGAGCUAAGGGUGAACCAGGACCUAGAGGUCAUGCUGGUAUGGCCGGUGCUCCUGGACCUCUGGGUGAGCCUGGCCUUCCUGGUGAGCCUGGUAUGGAGGGAGUUCCUGGACCCAAGGGUGACAGAGGCCAGCGAGGACCAGCUGGGCCGCAAGGAAUUGUCGGCAAGCCUGGAAACAAAGGAGAGAGAGGACCCAUUGGUGUUCCAGGCGCCCAGGGCCUUAGUGGAACCAAGGGAGACAAGGGCUUCCAAGGAAAAGUUGGGUCAAAAGGAGACAUUGGUGACCCUGGUGUUGAGGGAUUGGCUGGCGAGAAAGGUGAAAAGGGUUUGUCUGGCGAACCGGGGCCCAAAGGACAGCAAGGAGUGAGGGGCGACACUGGACACAAUGGUCCAACUGGAGACCCUGGUAAACCAGGUGACCAGGGACCACCAGGACUGCCCGGUCCUAGGGGACUCAAUGGAGAGCGAGGAGUACCCGGCAUGCCAGGCAUUCAGGGAGCAGCAGGACGUGACACAUCUGACCAGCAUAUCAUUGAAGUGGUGUUGAAGAUGUUGCAGGAGAGGCUAGCAGCAGUAGCAGUGAGCGCCAAGAGGGCUGUGCUCGGUGGAGCAGGUGUAAUGGGACCACCCGGGCCUCCUGGACCUCCAGGGCCAGCUGGCUCCCAGGGAUCGCAUGGCUUACCUGGUCCUCGUGGCAUUCCUGGUAUUAUUGGAGCACCUGGACAGAUUGGAAACACAGGGCUCAAAGGAAAGAGAGGGCCAAAGGGUGAGAGAGGAGAUCCUGGUAAACCCCACCCUGGACCGCCAGGACCCCCAGGAUUACAGGGUCCUCCUGGUGUUGAUGGUGUGGCUCGGGAUGGUAGGCCUGGUGAGAGAGGACCUCAGGGAGUAGCCGGAGAGGCUGGUCGCCCGGGAAAGGCGGGUUCGCCAGGUCUCCCAGGCUUCUGUGAGGCGGCGAUGUGUCUGGCUGCAUCAGCGUACACCUCCCCGAGACUACAGGAGGCGGGAACGAUCAAAGGACCCAAUGUUUAGAGAUCCGUCUCUCUGUCAGCAGCUCACGACACCUGGGAGACAAGGGCGAGAGAUAGGGCGAGAGAGAGAAAGAGAGAAGGAGAGAGACCACUCUUCUCAGUAGAACAACAUCGAGAACAGGGGGUGGGGGGCAAUAGUAGGGUGACUGGAUGUACACCCCCACCCCUCCUGAAACUGACAACCUGAAGUUUUGACUGAUGGGACAUACUCUGAUCUUAAUCCCCCACAUCACCAUGACAACCACAGCUCACAGCCACCCACAUCCUUCUGAAUUCUCUAGUGUUUUGGAUGAUGUCAGUGUCAGCCCCAUCCAAAUAUCCCAGCCCUGUUCCAGCAGCGAAGAGGAACAGAUUCAUAUUACAUCUCCUUGUCUCCCACCACAGUAUCUAUGAGCUGAGAGGACCUGAAAAACCAAGUGUGGUGAAAGGUGGUGUUCUUUUACACCACGGUCACUUUAAAUGGUUUUAUAUAUACAAUACUUUAUUUGUGAUGUGUUCUAAAGUUAAAAUGCCUUGCCUCUCUUGCAACAUCACACCUGAUGCCUUAAAACUGUGCAAAGGACCAAUAAAUGAUUGCAGCCUAAAUUCACACUCAGUACUGUACUGUACCUUUUGUAAAAUGUAGUAUUUUCAUCUGUAAACUUGAGUGAAAUCCCUGAUUUACCUCAUGUGUACAUUGCCCCCCCCACCCAAUACCCGCUUUCUACCCGAGUCUCAUUUUAGAAACUAACGACUAGCUUUAUCUCUUCCUCUUGUUGCCUGGCAACAGCGUAUCCCGAUGGGCACUCCCAUCUCCCACAAUGCAGUGCUGUAAAUCUUUGUAAAUGUGUGUUGAUUAUUAUGUAGAGAAAAAGGAAUGGAUUACGAUAUGCACCAACAGAAAUCCUGUGUUAAUGAAUUCAGUGAGUAAUAAAAGUUCCUACAGAAAUACUGACUUUUUCUCAAAACGAAUCAGUUACAGUCCGAAUGGGCUUCCUAUGCCACUGUCAACUUUCCACAGGGUGUCAGCGAUUUAAUGACUGAUUUAUUUUCAUCAACAGAAACUAUUUAUUGUUCUUAAUAUAAUCAUCUGUAUAAAGGGUUUUUUUCUCCUGGCUGUUCAGGUCAACCCAAACCAAUA